AUGGGUGCUGAGGAAGAGGUGCUGGUCACACUAUCAGGGGGAGCCCCCUGGGGCUUCCGACUUCAGGGGGGGGCCGAGCAGAGGAAACCCUUACAGGUAUCUAAGAUCCGAAGACGGAGCCAGGCUGGCAGAGCAGGACUCCGUGAGAAGGACCAGCUCUUGGCAGUCAAUGGGAUCUCUUGUACCAGCCUCUCUCAUGCCAGUGCCAUGAAUCUCAUCGAUACCUCAGGGAAUCAACUUAUCCUCACUGUGCGACGGGCAGCAGAUUUGGGGCCUGUGCGAUCUCCAUCCCCUGGUGAGCUUCAAGUGCUGUCACCUUUAUCUCCAAUGAGUCCUGAGCCCCCUGGUGCUCCAGUUUCCCAGCCUCUUCAGCCUGGGAGCCUUCGCUCACCUCCUGACAGUGAGGCUUACUAUGGAGAGACAGACAGUGAUGCUGAUGGCCCUGCCACCCAAGAGAAGCACCGCCGCCCCCGCCGCCGAGGUCCCACAAGGCCCACUCCUCCAGGAGCCCCACCUGAUGAAGUCUACCUGUCUGACAGCCCUGCAGAGCCUGCACCUGCCAUCCCCAAGCCUUCCAGCCAGGGUGACAGCCGUGUGAGCUCCCCAUCUUGGGAGGAUGGGGCAGCCCUUCAGCCACCCCCAGCUGAAGCCCUACUAUUACCCCAUGGUCCCCUCCGGCCUGGCCCUCACCUCAUCCCUAUGGUGGGACCUGUUCCUCAUCCAGUGGCAGAAGAUCUUACUACCACCUACACCCAGAAGGCCAAGCAAGCCAAACUGCAACGGGCAGAGAGCCUCCAGGAGAAGAGUGUGAAGGAAGCCAAGACCAAAUGCCGGACAAUUGCAUCCCUGCUAACUGCAGCCCCCAACCCCCACUCCAAGGGGGUGCUUAUGUUUAAGAAACGGCGGCAGAGAGCCAAGAAAUACACCCUAGUGAGCUUUGGGGCUGCGGCUGGGACCGGUAACGAGGAAGAGGACGGGGUCCCCCCGACCAGUGAGUCUGAGUUGGACGAAGAGGCCUUCUCCGACGCCCGCAGUCUCACCAAUCAGUCGGACUGGGACAGCCCUUAUCUGGACAUGGAGCUGGCCAGGGUGGGUUCCAGCACGGCAGAGGGCCAGAGCCCCGGGCUGAGUGAGGUCUCUGGGCGAGGGGUCCAGCUCUUUGAACAGCAGCGUCAGCGCGCAGACUCCAGCACCCAGGAGUUGACUCACAUUGGCCCAGCAGCCGUGCUCAAUGGGCAGGGUCCGCAGUCACCACCUCGGGCCCAGAGCGCUCCCCCAGAGGCAGCUGUGCUCCCACCCAGCCCUCUGCUGGCCCCCACAACCAGCCCCAGGCCCUUCCUCCCAGGUGGUAGCACCUCCACCCCAGCCGCAAGUGUCUUUAACCGGUCAGCCAGGCCCUUUACCCCGGGCUUACAAGGUCAGCGGCCAGGUACCACUUCGGUCAUUUUCCGUCCCCUAGCACCGAAGAGGGCGAGUGAAAGUGUGGGAGGCCCGAGCCCUGCCCCACCCCCCUUCAUAUCCUCUUUGCAGGGGCCCACCCCGCUGCCCAGCUUCACCAUAGGGGGUCCCAGCCAUGUGCCAGCCUCCGGUUCCCCCAGCGCCCCACGCUCCUCGGGCCCUGUGACAGCCACCAGCUCCCUGUACAUCCCAGCCCCCAGUCGGCCCGUUACCCCAGGCGGAGCCCCGGAGUCCCCGGCUCCCCCUAGCGCAGCUGCCAUGACCUCCACCGCUUCUAUCUUCCUGUCGGCGCCUCUGCGACCCCCUGCGCGUCCAGAGGCGCCGACCACAGGCUCUGCGGUCCCUGAGGCCCCCAGCACCAGGGAGCAGCGCAUCUCUGUGCCAGCUGCCCGAACCGGCAUCCUGCAGGAGGCCCGGCGCCGCGGGACGCGUAAGCAGAUGUUCCGGCAGGGAAAGGAGGAGACGAAGAACUCGCCCAACCCCGAGCUUCUCUCGCUGGUGCAGAAUCUGGAUGAGAAACCCCGGGCCGGGGGUGCUGAAUCAGGUCCAGAAGAAGACGCUCUGAGCCUUGGGGCUGAAGCUUGCAACUUCAUGCAGCCACCAGGGGGCAGGAGUUACAAGACCUUGCCUGCACCUAAGACCCCGCCUCCAAUGGCUCCCAAGACUCCACCCCCUAUGACUCCUAAGACUCCACCCCCAGUGGCGCCUAAGCCCUCAUCCCGGGGGCUCCUUGAUGGGCUAGUAAAUGGGGCAGCCCCUUCGGCUGGAAUCUCCGAGCCACCAAGGCUGCAGGGCAGGGGUGGGGAGCUGUUUGCCAAGCGGCAGAGCCGGGCGGACAGGUAUGUGGUGGAAGCUACACCUGGUCCUGGCCUUGGUCCUGGCCUUGGCCUGGGCCCUCGGCCUAGAAGUCCUUCCCCCACCCCCUCCCUACCUCCUUCCUGGAAAUAUUCACCUAACAUCCGUGCCCCACCGCCUAUUGCUUACAAUCCACUGCUCUCGCCCUUUUUCCCGCAGGCUGCCCGAACUCCCCCUAGUAAGGCCCAAUCCCAGGGGCCCCGGGCAACCCCCAAGCAGGGCAUCAAGGCUCUGGAUUUCAUGCGGCAUCAGCCCUAUCAACUUAAAACUGCCAUGUUCUGUUUUGAUGAGGUUCCCCCAACCCCUGGUCCCACCUCCUUAGGGCCCCCCAAAACAGCUCGAGUCCAGGAGAUCCGCCGAUUUUCUACUCCAGCACCCCAGCCCACUGCAGAGCCCCUGGCCCCUACGGUGCUUGCUCCACGAGCAGCCACUACACUGGAUGAGCCCAUCUGGAGAACAGAGCUGUCCUCAACCCCUGUUCCUAGCCCAGUUGUUCCUCCAGAGUCUCCUAGAGGCCUUGGGACUUCCCCCAGCUCCUAUGGUUUCCAAGUAGCCAGGCCUCGAUUCUCAGCCACCAGAACAGGAUUGCAGGCUCAUGUGUGGAGGCCUGGGGCAGGGCACCAGUGAGCAGGGCAUAAGUCCCAGGACCAAGGAGAGGUAGAACAUCGAGUUCCUAAAGUUGCUUCUCCUACCCUUUCCCACGCUGUUGCCCAAUCAUCUGGAGGGUGAAUCUCAUCCUGCCAAAGAUAGUUUUGGAGUUGGUAUCCCAUCCCCAGCUGCCUCCUCACUGCUCUGCUUUUCAACCUAUUAUCUCUACUUUAGUUUCUUUGCAUCUCUUCGUCUCUAUUUCUUGGCCUGCAUCUCUGUCUUUAUCUCCCACCUCUCCACCCAAACUCCUCCACAGGUUUCUGUUUCUUUGCAUUUCUUUCUCUCUGGCCUCAUUUUAUUAUUCAAUAAGAAGCACACAGAGUAGAAGUUAUCCCCGGGACCUCAGUCAAGCAGCUCACCACCAGGCAUACAGCAAUGAGACUGAGCUGACCCGUUUGCACUGAGCUAUGCCUUACUGUGCUUUUCCAAGCUUGGUUGGCAUAUAACUAGGUGUGUGUGCAUAUAUGUGUGCAAGUUUGUGACUGUGUGUGCACCAAUGUGCUCUGCUGUCUGGGGCAAGAGUAAAAGGGAAGUCUAAAUACCCAAUUGGAUUUUCUUCUUGGGUG